CCUGCCAGAGCUGGAGCUGUGCAAUGCCGGAAUGGUUUGGGGUGGAAGGGACCUUAAAAGCUCGUCCUGCUCCACUCCUGCCAUGGGCAGGGACACCUUCCCCUUUCCCAGCUUGCUCCAAGCCCCGUCCAGCCUGGGCACUGCCAGGGAUCCAGGGGCAGCCACAGCUUCUCUGGGCACCCUGUGCCAGGGCCUCAGCAUCCUCCCAGGGAAGUAUUCCCUCAUAAUAGCCAACCUAAACUUUUUUCUUCAAAACAUGAUGAGUCUGCAAACUUCUUAGCUUACUUGUGUUCUGUCAAAACAAACCCCAAAACAAUCCAAAAUACCAACACAUGUUGCUUUUCCUCCCUCCCUGCGAGCUUUGUGGCACAAAUUCCAGUGAUGGGAAGAAUCUGGAAGCAGCUGGAUUUCACACAGUGGAGGUUGUGGCUUUUGCACCAGAGAAGGAGCUGCUGAACAUUAAAGGCAUCAGUGAAACCAAAGCUCACAAAAUCCCUGCUGAGGCAGCCAAACUGGCUCCAGGAUUUCACUACAGCACAGAAUUUCACCUGCAGUGGUCAGAAAUCAUCCAUAUCACCACUGGCUCCAAAGAGCUGGAAAAGUUGCUUCAAGAAGAAAUAGAAACAGGAUCCAUAACGUUAUUUGGGGAAUUCCAUAGUGGGAAGACACAGCAGUGUCCCAGCCUGGCAGUCACUGGUCAGUUCCCCAUAGACUGUGGGGGCAGUGAGGGAAAAGCCACAUCCAUGGACACAGAGGGGAUCUUCCAUCCAGAGCAGCUCCUGGCCAUGGCUGAAAGGAAUGGCCUCUGGCAUCAAUGCCCUGGACAAGGUGGCCUCUGCCGGGGCUUUACCAGCGACCGCCAGGCCCAGCUGCUGGGUCAGGCUGGAGACUGAAAACUCCUUUUCUCCCCCUGGAUCUCCAGUCCGUGUCCUGGAGAGGCUCCUUUCCUGCUGGCACCGCAGGGACGCUCCCAAGGCAGUGGGCAGAGGGACCCGUGCGGCUCAGCGUGGGAACCGCCGGGACGCGCCGAGUGCAGCCGGAGCUGUGGGAAGAGAUCUCCCUCUGGGCUGCAGGCACAGGGCAGGGCCGGGAGCUUCCUGGGCAGCGUUCCCACAGCAUUUCCCUGCCAGUCUCCCUGGAUCCCGCCCUGGACAUGGUGCAGACAAUCUCGGUGGCCACAGCUGGGAGCUCGGUGAAUUGGAAGCAAAGCUGAAGGGUUUGUCCACCAAGAGAGGUGGUGAUCUAUAGAGCAAAGCAGAGUGGUAUUCCACACAGAGAAUUUGGGAUUUGGGAUGGUCCCAAUCCAUACUCCAUAAUCUUUCUGUUAAUUUUCUUUUGGAUGCUGCAGCCUGAUGGGCUGGGGGAGCUGCUCCUUUCCGUUUCCAUUUAAUUUUCUGUAUUUAAUUAAUUCUCUGUGGAAAUCUGCUUUUAAUAAAAAGGCCCAGGAGGAUAUUGAUGACAUCCCGCAGGUGUGUCCAGACCAAGGGUUGUUCUGGCUGGCAGAAGCUGCACCAAUCUCCCAGGAAUCUCAGUCUGGAUUUUCUUUUCUCCCGGUUCUCCCAAUCCUCACUUUGGGGGUGCAGUGCAGCCCUGCCCUGUGUAUCUCCUAGAAGAGUUUUGGGGUUAAAAGUGUUCUUUUAUAUUCUGCAGUAUUUAUAAUUUGAUUUAAAAGAAUAAAACCGUAUCAAUGUG